CGACACGCUCGGGCCUUUCUCGCCUCAAUCCGCACGCUUCAACCCCUCCAAGCCGGCUUCAGAUUCCAAAUCCGCCGCCAUUCCAGGCCGACUCGCUCUCCCUCGGCGCCACCAGCGUAACUCCCAAUCGCAGCCCGCCCUCUUCCGAUUUUCCCUUCCGCGGCCACCCAACCCUAUCGAUAAGAGCGGCUCCCCGCCAACGGAGGCGCCACCGCACCCUUCAAAGCGAAUGCGAUUUUCGCGAUUUGCCCUGCGUCGCGACUCAGCCGCGUAGUCUACAUCGAAAUUCGAAUACCGCAAGCGCUUCGAUUUCUUUGGGACAUUCUGCGGUCCACCGAACGUUCGCAGACGACCUCGGCGACGGGAAUAGCUCAGCAUCGCCCGCCAGUCCUCGUCAGCUUUCGCCCCUCAUGUCUGGGAACCCGCGCGCCAAGAGAAACCUGCGUCCCGGCGACUUGUCAAUGCCCGCAGUACCUAGCCAACAGGCUGGCCCUUCGGCGGGCUCUGCUCCCAGGCCCACGAGACGACGAAGCACACCACGGACCUCACAGCCCGAACCGGACUCCUCAUUGCAGAAGCGCAAGCGAGAAGCGAGCACCGCCGACGAUCUGUUUAGCGACGAUGUUUGGGGGGAUCCCGAGGUUGUCGACCUGGUAGAUAAGGAUGAAGUCCCUCCGGAGAUCCUCAGCAACAGCCAAGAGGAGGCGACCAAGAACUACGUCAAGCUCAGCGCCUUCGACUGUGCCAUCUGCAUGGACAACGUCACAGACCUGACCGUCACGCAUUGCGGCCACCUCUUCUGCUCCGAGUGUCUCCACGCUGCCCUCAACAUGAACCCGGCGAAAAGAGUCUGUCCCAUCUGUCGCCAAAAGAUUGACCCAGUGCCGGCCAGCGGCAAGUUCAGCCAACGGGCAAAGGGCUUCUACCCGCUCGAGCUGAAGCUGAUGACCAAGAAGACCCUGGGGAAGAAGCCUGAGCGGCAAGCGACAUGAGACUGCGGCUUGUGUCGUCUCAGAUGAAAGAAGGGCCCAUGAUGGAGUCGCCGGCUGGUCUCCGAGGCGCGAGUUCCCCGUUCCAACAUGAAUUACCAGCUUUCUCAUCUCC